ACCACACUUUUCUUUUUCCUUCAUAAAUAGAAAGUUCAGUUUCAUCUUUCACCUUCGAAAACACAAAAGCACCGUUGCGUGCUUUCACUCCUUUCCACGAAACCCUAACCCUAAUGGCGAAUAACGAAUCCGAUCAAGAUCCUCAAACCCGAUUCUACAAUCCAUACAAAGACCUCGAAGUUCCAAUCCAAAACCUCUACAAACUCCCAACCUCACCGGAGUAUCUCUUCGACGAAGAAGCCAAACGUAAACGCCGUUCUUGGGGUGAGAAUCUUACUUUUUACACCGGUUGCGGUUACCUCGGCGGUUCAAUCGCCGGUGCCGGAGUUGGACUUGUCGAAGGUAUCCGAUCCUUUGAAUCAACCGACACAGCGAAGCUUAGGGUGAAUCGGAUUUUGAAUGCGUCUGGGCAUUCGGGUCGGACUUGGGGAAAUAGGGUUGGGAUUAUUGGGUUGUUGUAUGCUGGAAUUGAGAGUGGAAUUGAGGCUGUGAGAGAUGUUGAUGAUGUUUGGAAUAGUGUGGCGGCAGGGCUUGGGACUGGGGCGGUUUAUCGAGCUGCGAGAGGGGUGAGAUCGGCUGCGGUUGCUGGUGCUGUUGGUGGUGUUUUGGUUGGAGCUGCUGUGGCUGCGAAGCGGGUAGCGAAACGAUAUGUGCCUAUUUGAAGUGUGAGGGUGAGAUUUGAUCUUAUAAAAGAUCUUUUUUUGAGAAAUUAAUGAUGUUAGUUUUAGUUAUAUAUUAUAUAGAAUUGUUUGGAAGUUGUAUGCCAUGUGUAUUAUGGUGAUGUAGUUAACUAUUUAACUCUAUUGCACCAAAAUUCGUCGACAAGAUAAUUAUAUAUUUGGUUGGUUAUAUUCAAAAUUCUGUUUUCUCAAAUUAUUAUCAA